UAAGCGAGAUCGACGUUUGAAUCUUUGUUUACAAAAUCACAUACGUCCUUUUGAAUAAGUACCCGAGAUUUGCAAAUCAGCGGCUGGCAAACUGUCAAUUUUCGUACUUCGUGCUUCUUUUCCAAAUGAACAAGCCAAAUAAGUCGAUUAAGUCAGACAGUUCUGGCGAAAGCAGGUGUAUUGUGCCAUCAUGUAAAAAUGAUUCCUCUGCUGCGACGACCACUUUGUACCACUUUCCAGCUGAUAGGAUAAUCCGCUCAAAAUGGGUAGAGGCCGUAAAUUCCACCGGAAGUGACAUUCUGAGUCUGGAAGAUAAUUUGCAGUUCGUUCGGGUAUGCUCAGAUCACUUCAGUCCAGACUGUUUCUUGCAAACCGCAGGGCGCAAGUUGCUCAAAAUAACAUCGGUACCGACGCUGUUUGGAGAUGCAGCCGCUGAGAAUGGGAAACGAAUGCAAGCGACUCCAAAAGCUAUCCGAGAGGAGACAAAAAAGCUAAUCGAAGAUGUCCUGAAUUGCACCGACGGUUUGGACGAUCCGGCCAUGACCAAACCAACCCUCAUGUUUCGGUUGAAAAAGUUUCCUCAAGUGUGUCGGUUGUGUCUGAAGGCGCCGAAAUCACGAACCAAGCUGAUGGUUCCUCUGGAUGCGACUGAGCACGUGCUGGAUGGUGCCAGUAUAAAAGAGUUUCUCUACGAUAUUAUGCCGGCUGGAACGGCAAUCGAUGAGGACAAACAACAUCUUCUGCCGAAUGCGAUUUGCAUGCCGUGCCUUGAACUGCUUAGGUUCUUUGCCAGAUUUCGCUCCAAAAUUACCACAGUCCACCUGUUCAUGAACUCGUUGGUCGAACUAAAACAUUUCAACUCCCGACCGAUGAUAAAUCUCUUCAAUGAUAAAGCUGAUCUCCUGCGAAGGGUCAUGACGGAUCUUGACUUGUGCCGGUUGAAGUACUACUCCGUUGAAGACUUGUUGGAUGAAUUUCCGCUGUACGAUCUGGCUUCUUUUGAAGGGUUUGUCAUCAAAGAAGAAGAAGAGGAUGAAGAUGACGACGAAGAAAUUCAACAAUCGGACCAUGUGAUAGCUCUGGAAUUAGAUCAAAUCUAUGCCGACGAAUGUACGGCUGAGGAGUUGACCGAACUGGUCAAGGAUCAUAUAAAAUUGACGGCACCGGAGAGCGCUGAAGCUCAGCCACCAACUACCAAAAGAAGAAGAAAUGCCGUCAAAAAUUCUGGUGAAAGUUGUCCUCGGAAGAAAAAGAUCAAAUAUGAGGCAAUAGAAACCGAGGAGCCAAUGCAGUGCAGUAAAUGCAGCUAUUCGACAAAUUUUGUACCCAACUUCGAAAAGCAUCAAAGGAUGCAUGCGAGGCGAGAAAGCCGAUCCUACCCGUGCAAGAAUCCAACCUGCGCGCUGGUGUUCAAAACUUACCGAGAGUACUAUCAGCAUAGUCUGGUAGCGCACAAAUCGUUUAUCUGCGAAACCUGCGGGUUGACGGUCUCUACGAAAAAUGCCCUGGCGACUCACAUGAAACGCCAUCAGAAGAAAUAUGAACACGCCUGCCCCUACUGCGACCAGAAAAGAAACACCAAGCACGACAUGAGCAUUCACAUUAGGAAGACGCAUCUGAACGCAAUGGAUACUGCGUGUAGGUUCUGUGGGAUGACGUUCCGUGGCAAAACUGCACUGGACGAACACGAGCGGAUACAUGGUGAUCAUUUUGGUUUCCCAUGCAAGCAGUGUGACAAAAAAUUCAAGCGAUGGAGAGCCCUUACUAAACACGUCAAAACGGUACAUGAGAAUUUUCGUGUCAUUUGCGAGUAUUGCGACAGUUCGUUUGUAUCCAAAUAUCACCUGAAUAACCACAUAGAGAAGGUGCAUGGCAUUCAGACAAGAUUUGUUUGUGACAUUUGUCUGGUGACGUGCACUUCUCAGGAAAAGCUGGACGUUCACCGGUCGUUGCACGAAAAUCCCCAUGAAUCACAAUGUGGGACCUGUCUGGCUGUGUUUACUUCCAUGGAGUUAUCCGCGGACCAUCUUUGUAUCACUUACAAGGACGAUUACGUUUGCUGCGGUAAAGAUUUUCGAUAUCAUCUCAUGUACAACAAACAUAUGUACAUUAAGCAUGGCAUCAAGACGAACGUGCGAGUGAAGCUAGUUCCGGGACAAAUGAUGGGUCAGAUGAUAGCCCUCAGGAAACGUAUCGAAACGUGCCCCAAGUGUGAGCAAACCUUCGCCACUAGAACACUGAAAAAGCAACACAUGGAAAUCUGUGCGACAGUGUGCGAUGCAGAACAUCAAGUUACGAUGGGUGGAAUAACGGCGCCGGUUGAACCUGAAUAAGGUGCGCUUUUAAUAAAAUGGUACUGAACUGUAA